UGACCCGCGUGCCAAGCGAAAACACUCCAACCCCCGUUCACCUUAUAAUCUCGCGAGAAGUUAGCAUAAUCAUCUUCAAGCGGGGGCUGCGAUGUAAACGUUGCUAACUUAAAAAAAACCAAAAAAAAAACGUUAAAAAAAAAAUGAUAAAAUGCCUUCUUGCUGGCUUAUCAGCGAGGAGGGUUCCCAUAAACCAAUUCAGCUACCGCAUUUACAGGCGGUUGUCGUGGGGCGAGGCCCAGAAACGACUAUUAAAGACAAGAAAUGCUCCCGGCAGCAAGUUGAAAUGAAAGCUGAAUGCAACAAAGGUUAUGUCAAGGUUAAACAGCUGGGCUUGAACCCCACAUCAGUAGACUCUGUGGUGGUAGGGAAAGACAAUGAGGUCAGAAUAAAGCCUGGGCAGACGCUCCAUGUUGUGAAUCAGCUUUACCCAUACACCGUACAGUUCAAAGAAGAUCUCACUGGCCACCAUAGCAGCACCAAAAGACCAAGAGAGGAAACAUCGAAGGACAGCAACAGCCAGAGAAAUGUUCAGACUCUGAAAGCUGCAAAAAAGAACGGAAGUGGCUCUCCAUCAGUCAGUCUUGGAGAAAACACAAAAACAAAGGAAAAUGUUGGACAUUGGAGCCAAGGCCUGAAGACUUCAAUGCUAGAUCCUCAGAUGCAGGUUUACAAGGAUGAUAAGGUUGUUGUGAUUAUAGACAAAUACCCUAAAGCUCGCUACCACUGGUUAGUCCUUCCAUGGCAGUCGAUUCCCAGCCUAAAAGCUUUACGUACAGAGCACUAUGAUCUUCUGAAACACAUGCAGCAGGUUGCUGACCGCAUGAUCCAGCAAUGUCCAGAUUCAAGCACGUUGCGGUUCCGCUCAGGUUACCACGCUAUCCCAAGUAUGAGUCACAUUCACCUCCAUGUGAUCAGCCAGGACUUUGACUCUCCUUGUUUAAAGAACAAGAAGCACUGGAACUCUUUCACAACAGACUACUUCAUUGAUUCUCAUGAUGUCAUUCAGAUGCUUGAAGCAAGUGGAAAAGUCUCUGUUAAAGAAGGCACCAGCGAGUUGUUGAAACUACCUCUCUGCUGCCAUGUGUGCCACAAGGAGUUUCUCACUAUACCGUCUCUGAAGGAACACUUGAAAUCUCACUUUCCCAGACAGUAAUACGACCUUAAACAUAGAAGUAAAAACAAGUUUAAUUGUGUUUUUGCCUGCUUGAUAAAAAAAUUACAUUUAUAGCGAAUAUCAAACUUGUCACUUGUUUAUACAUCUUUUAAAAUAGCAACAUCAGUAUGUUUCUUGUCCAGAGAGCAUUUGUCGAUUCUAAGUCAAAUGUGGACCGACUCUAAAUAUUUUUUCGUUUGUACAUUUUCAGACAGGUUUGGUUGUUAAAUAUGAUGUAAUAAAAGUUUUCUAAAAACUAAA